UGCCAGUCGGCGGUGCCUCUCUCGCGCGCCGCCGCUGCUUGACGACCGCCGCGAGACUUCACUGCCGCCGGAGUCACUCGCGAACGUGACGACGCGACGCUCCCAACCAUCUGUGACGAUACAGGCGGUGCGUGACGCUAAGGGAGCUGUGGUGUUACGAGGUAAAUUCGACACCACGUGUGUUUUGACACUACUGAAGGUCUGUGACGCUCUGUAACACUACGAAUAAAAGUGUGACAUACCAAUUGUUUCAUCUAAUGACUGUGUGACGGCACUGUGACGGUAGAGGCACUGUGUAAUGCACAGAAAGAAUGUUUUGUUCUACCACAAGCCAAUGUGUGACGAGCCAAGCGUUGUGUGACGCUCUGGAACCUAUGUUACGUUCAAGGAUGUUGCGUGACGCUCUGAAGAAAAUUAUACCGUAACAAGUGCAGUGUGACGCUACAAGUAAGUUAGACGACCCAAGUGCUGUGUGACGCGCUGUUUCUUGUGUCGCAUUUACAGCGUUCUGUUACACCUCGAGGGAAUUGUGACGCAACAAGUGCCCUGUGACGUCCUGAGUGCUGUGUGACGUUCCGAGAAAUGUGUGACGCGGCGGACCAAGUGUGACGCUCCCGACAUUUAGGAGAAUCCAAGACCAUGACCAACGUCAGCCAGGAGGGUGCGUCGACGGUGGCAGCAGAGGGCGUGGAAGGCGUGGAAGGCUCAGGGGGCGUGAGCAUGGACGUGGUGGGCGUGAGUCGUGAAGGCGUGGUAGAGGGCGUGCUGGAGGAGACCAUGAGCCCGGAGAUUCAGUACAUGGGACACAUCGCCUACAGCGUCGUAGCUCCUGUCAUCAUCAGCUUCGGCAUCCUGACCAAUGUCCUUAACCUGGUGGUGCUGACCCGACCCUCCCUCAGGGGCCCCACCUUCAGAUACCUCAAGUGGCUGGCGGUGGCUAACCUGCUGGUGUGUGUGGUGCUGCUACCCUUCACUUUACACUCCCAGGCCACACCUGUCCCCUACGCCGCUGCCCUCUACUUUGCCCACAUAGAGGUGCCUGUUGGGAACGCACUUAUCGCCUCCAGUGUAUACAUCGUCGUGGGAUUGAGCAUCGACAGGUUCGUGGCCGUGUGCUACCCUCGCAAGUAUCGCAAUCUCCACAGCCACUACGUCGCCUCCGUCAGGAUCGCCCUCUCCUUCGUGAUCGCUUUCAUCAUUUAUAUCCCCAUGGGCUUCUACAAGAUGGUUGUGCCGGCCAGCGGUUCCCCUGACAGGUUCCUGAUAGAGGGGAACCUGAGGGUGGUAUCGACGCAGUGGUUCAUGGUGUACGAGUACCUGUUAGAGAUCUGCGUCAGGUUCGCCCCGGCUGUCCUGCUAGCAGUCCUCAACACCUGGAUCAUCAUCGAGUUCAAACGUAUCAGCCGACGACGUCUCCUGCUCUCCCAAGGCAUGAGUUGUGAGGUGUCGGCCAUCCCCUCUCACUCCUAUUUCGAAGGCAACGCCAACAUCACUGUGGUCAACCACUCUCCUACUAAUGGCCAGGUCGAGCCUGAAUCUAUUGCCAUUGAACCGGUCGCUAUCAAUGGUCCCUGUGUGUCUAAACUUUCCAAUACCGUCAACAAUCCAGCCACCUCCACCUCGUCCAGUGAUGUAUCGCCCUUGCACCAGGAGGGCCUCAUCCUUAACAGCAACGGAUACGUUAAUGGGAUGGAUUAUAAAGUAGUGGAUAAUACUUCACUUAACGGGAACGGCUGUAAACCACUGUCUGCUGACGGUGACAUGGCCAGCACGAGAAACUCAUCAGCUAAAUCCACAAUUCGGAGCAAAGGAGAGAAGGAGACUAUUGGCCUUUCAAUGAUCAAUGUUUCAGCUCCUGCGGCGACCGUGACCGCGCCCCGAGGUAUGAGUGAGCGCCGCCACGACAUGGAAAGGCGACUGGUACUACUCCUUGUCUCCAUCAUCGUCGCCUUCUUCGUCACCAACAUCCCCGCCGCCAUCCUCUCUCUCACCUUUAGUGAUGACAAGAGGAACGACCUCAACUUCCAGAUCUUCCGGGCCAUUGCCAAUAAUCUGGAAUUUCUCAACUUCGGAAUAAACUUCAUCCUGUACUUCCUCUUCAGUAAAGACAUCCGAAACGCUUUCAUGUCCCUCCUGCGUCGCACCAUCGACCGCCUCAAGGAAGGCAUCGAAGGCUCCAGCAGCAAAUACGCCGCAACCAACCUAUGAUGGUCAGGUGGCCCCGACCACGCUGGAGAGACGCCCACCAGCUGUAGUCGGCUGCCAUCGUUGUUCCACGCCAGUGCCGGUGACAGUAUUGGUGCUUGUGAUUUGCACGUCUUGUAAGAUUAUCAAGAUGAAAGAUGGCGGCCUUGGCGGGUCUGGCGGCAGUUUAGGAGGUCCAAAAAUGGAUUACUUGAAAGACUGUCUUAACAAAUACAAUCCAGAGUCACCCUACCUCACGUAAUCUAAUUUGAUAUGGGGUUAAGUUAAUUAUAACCCUUGGAAAAAUUUCGUGGAGGUUCAAAUACCACGCGACUUUACUUAUCCUAAUUUGAUUUAACCCAAGAUAUCAUAUAUAAACAAAAUGAUAUUACUGGGAGUUGUUAACACUGGCAAGGCAGAAAAUAAUCGCCCCGCCUUAUUUGGUCGUAGAGUCCGUCAUAACCCUCGACUCAUAGAAGACGUAACAUAAACCUCUACAGACGCACCUCACCCCAAGACCUCAGGAUGGGAUCAAGACCUGUGACUCGUUACCUCCUAACAAAACUAUAAAUGAUUCCAGAUUAGUCUAUAUAGAUAACAAAGAAGCUUUAAUGACUCCUAGAAUUAAUUAUCUCCUGACAUUCCACUCAAAGUGAUUGUGAUUUAGAGGCCAAGUGUACAGUUAACUCAAGGAGUGAGUGUGGCCAUUGUUGUUAAUGUAACCAGUGGUGUAGAGAACACGGCAAAUAUUGCAGUGGGUGUGGCCAAUGUUGCAGUGGACUUGGCCAAAACUUGCAAUGGACGUUGCCAGAGUUGCAAUGGAUGUGACUAGUAUGGCAGUGGGUGUGGUCAAAGUUGCAUUGGGUGUGGCCAGACACAUGUGUACAGUCAGUGCUACAAUGGACAUGAGAAGCCUGACACUGGAACGGGAACACCUGUGACCUGUCCUUAACGCGUCACACGGGCCAGUAACAGCAUCAACCGGACAGAUGGAAAUAUUUAUGACACUACACACCAAAGACUAACUACCCUGUAACACCUCACAGCGGGGAACAGCAAACCACCUGACUGAACUCCUCACAAACACGUGUAAAACUACUCACCUACCUGACACCUUUGUACUCUGAACUGACUCUAUUAUAGGUGCUAUGAGCGACACACCUGUACACCGUAUACUCACAAGGAACAGCUCACAUACAGCUCCUCCUCUCAUUCCUCAUCUCUUUCUUCUCUUGUUUUUCAUACAUGUCUAACCUACAUAUCUUUAUACCCGCGUCACUGUCACAAAAUGACUUUUAUGCUAUAUUGUUAUAUAUAAAUUGUUUUAUUAUUUGAAUCCUCUUCUCUCCAUGUAUAUAUGUCUAGCAUAAUACGUAUAUCUGUUUUAUGUUCUAAUAUACAUAUAUAUGUAUACAUACGUAUAUAUGGCUAUUCGCAUGAGGUAUUGCACUCCUCUGAGACAUGUUGUGUACUUAAUCAAUUGUAAUGAGCCGUGUUGUUACCGGGUAAAGCUGUUUAGUGUUCCCUCUCUCUCUCUCUCUCCAGCUAAAUCUUCUAAUCUAGAUACCCUGGCUGGUCACCCAACGAGCUGUCUCAACACCUGCAAAAAAUGCAGAUGUGUGUGUGUGUGUGUGUGUGUAUGUGCCAAUCUCAUGUGCAAGCUCCUGAGGCCGUCCCCGUGUGUUCAGUGUUAUAAUUAUACAGGAAGUUUGGGAAAUACUCUUAAUAAUUCUGGGUUGUAUUCAUGAGACAUACAUAAGGAUAAAUGACUUCACAACCAUAGUGUCAAUACCCCAUAGUUUGAAAGUUAAAACACAUGAUAGUUUGGGUGGGAAUGUGGUCAAAUCUACGGAGUAUAAAUGAUAUAUUCAGUGUUGCUCGUACAAUAUUUAUCUACAUAUGCAAUCUGAUGUUGAUUUUACAGUAAAUGUUCAAAGUUCCCGCCGUCUUCUUAAAUGUCACCACUUAAUUUAUAUAGGAUUUGAUAGUUUAUGUUUUAUGUCCAGAGAUUUGUUGCAGUCCUCCCGUCCCCAAUUUUGUGUUAUAACUCUCAAACUAUAGGGUAUUGACACUGUGGUCGUGAAGUCAUUUAUCCUUAUGCAUGUCUCAGGAAUACAACCCAGAAUUAUAAAGAGUAUUUCCUAA